UGUUCUGUGGAUUAUAUUGACGUAUCUGCUAUUGAUUUUUUGUUGAAUGUUGAAUUUCUAUCACUGACGCGCAACUGAUUUAGUACUGUGCGUUUUAUAAGCUAUAAGUUAAAUAGUUAUUAAUAUAACUAGCAGAUAAUCCUAAGGAGAGAGUAAAAAACGGAAGGAGAAUUCCUUCUUAUUUCCUGAUCAUAUUUGGGAAAGCCGGUACGGAAAUACAAAAUGGCCGAUGAAAACGAAUUGAAGGCUUUAGGCGACAAUGAUGCUGAAAUAUUUGACGAAAUGAAGGAUAUCGUUGAAGGAGAAGAAGAAGAUUUCAACGAAGACGCAGAUGAAUUGGAACAUUUUCUCAAUGAAAAUAAGCUUCAAGAACAUCUUACCCUUUUCAGGGAUCAACAGAUCGACUUUGAAACUCUCAUGAUUCUCACCGAGACAGAUUUGAAGAGCCUUGGAUUACCUUUAGGUCCAUUCAGAAAGCUCACCAUUGCUCUUCAAAAGAAGAAGAAUGAAAUACAAAUGGAAUCUGAAGGAGUCGAUGAAGCUGAAAAUCAUGACGACUCUAAUUCAGAGAACAAAGGUAAAGAUGACAGUGGAGAACUUCCGACUUUAGCGGACGAAAGUAAUUUCCGUGUCAUCGAUGAAUCUGGUGACGAUUCAGAUGCCCAUUCUGUGAAAUCUGAACACGCUGGUGGUAAAAAGGAGGCGGCAAAUGUUGAACCAGACAAAAACCAUCCCUACAAAUAUGACCUGAUCAAUUUCAAGCCGUCGGAAGAGUUCAAUGUUAAGGUCGAAUUACAAGAGCCCGCCAACAUUGAAACUAAACCCUUCGAGUUGAUCACCGAGGAGAGACGUCUAAAGAGUGCAAUAAAAGCCCUCCGUAAGGAGAAAAUCAUAGCUGUCGAUGCGAGACAUAAUAUGGAUACAUAUGAAAAAAGCAUGAACUUGAUGAUGAUAUCCACCCAAAACACAGAUUACAUUAUUGAUUUCAGCAAGAUGAACCAUUUGAUAUUGUUAUUAACUGAGAUUUUCACCAAUCCUAAUAUUUUGAAGGUGUUCUAUGAAGCAAGACACGAGGUCAAAUUUUUGCAGAGAUGUUAUAAUCUCUUCACAGUAAAUGCGUACUGUGUUCGUAGUGCUGUCAAAGAAUUGAAAUACGAAACAUCAUCCUUAUAUGGUCUUAUUAAUAAGUAUGUCAGUUACUUCAAACCAACUGAUUCCGAUUGUUCGUAUAGACCACUCAAGAAUGAUAUUAAAACUAACUUGAGAAAGGAGACGCAUUACUUGCUACACAUAUAUUACAAAACAAGGAAUGAAGCCAUUGAAGCGGGUAUAUAUGACAAAGUGGUUGCUAUUGGGGCCCAAACCUGCAUGUAUCUUACUGCACCAGUGAAGGAGAGAAAACCCGAAAAUAUCUUCUCAGACUUUGAGAAAUUCAACGAUGCUCAAAAGUUGGCAGCUGAGGAAUUAUGCGCUUGGCGUGAGACACUUGCUAAAGACAGGAAUGUUGACGUGAAUGUUAUACUGUCUAUCAAAGACUUCAAGCAAAUAUGCUUGUCUUUACCCAUCAAAAAGGAAGAAUUACUGAUGGUCGUAAACACAAGGAUUGUUCGGAUGUAUUUCACAAAGUUAUUGGCAAUAUUGAAGGCGGCAAGGAAGAAGUACUUCAAGGAUCCUAAAGAUGAAUCGAAAUACGAUUUGAGGCCGGUACCGAGCAAGCCCAUCAAGAAACCCAUGAUUAAGAGCAGUCCGAAACCAAAUAUCCAAAAUUCCCCAGUUGCCGCUAUCAAAACCGACUUGAAGAGGAAAAGCGAUGGAUUCGUCCGUCCCUUGGCUGCCAAGAAAGGAAGGUUUUCAUCUAGUUUCAGACAAGGAAGGAGGAACUUUUCUACUGGUAAUAAAUCAAAGAGUCCCAUGACAUCUCCUUUCCGAGGGUCUGGCGGUUACAGAGGAGGAUACCACGGUAACUCUGGCAAGAAUUAUGGCCAGAAUUCAGUCAAGUAUCCAAAUCCUCAAAAUGUGUGGGAGCCACAGCAAAAUCAGAAUUUCAAUAACUACGGAGGUGGCGGCUUCAAGUAUUAUUGAAAUUGAAUUCUUAUUAAUUAACUUGGAUGUAUGUGAUUUGUUUUUUCCUAUUUGUAUGGGUUAAUUAUUUAAUUAAUUAAUUGAUUGACCAAAUAAAUGAAUGUAGACGCUA